CGCGUGGGCGGGACUUCCGGCGUCCUCCUCCGGGCGGUCAUUUUGGCUGCUCGGGUGUGUUCAUCCCUACAGAAGUUCGGGAGCGCUGAGUCGGGGCGGCCAGCACAGGACCGAGGAAGGGUCAGAGGCGUCUUUGUUCCAGCUGCACAAAGGCGAGUGUGAGGCUCGGCCGCGGCGUCGCGCGAGAUGAUACGCACCCGGGCCGGUUUAAGGACCGCCGGCCCUCUUCCUGCCCCGUUCCGUCCACAGGCCUGGAUGGCGGCGGCCGCGCCGAUGGACCCGGUUCAGGACUUCCAGAACUAUGUUGAAGAGUAGUGGCGAGAGCGGACAUCCUUGUCUUGUUCCUGAUCUUAGCAGAAUUCUUUCAGCUUUUCACCAUUGAGAAGGUGUUACUUGUGGGUUUGUCAAAUAUGGCCUUUAUUAUGUUGAGAUACAAGCAGUAAGUCCAGUAUGCUCUCAGCAAUAGACUUUCAUCUGGAUUUUCUGAUGAAGCCAGAGCCACAUGCCCCAUCCUGAACCUGGACUUCCAGAAGUAUGUUGACUAAAAGUGGUAAGAGUGGACAUCUUUUUCUUGUUCCUGAUCUUAGCGGAAAUUUCACUGUUGAGAAUGAUGUUAGCUGUGGCUGUGUCAUACAUGGCCUUUAUUAUGUUGAGGAUGUUCCAGUGUGGAGCACCCUUGCUGAGCCCUGCGGAGUUGUGGGAGCUGCAUCGCCCAAAGGACCUUGCGCUGGUGAAGUCACGUCAGCCUGGAGCCAAUGAAGGUCCAGGACAAGGGCAUUUCUGUUGGUGCCAUCGUGUUAGGGCAGAACUUCUUGUGUCUUCGUAGUGGUGGUCUGUUUCCAAUUCAGAGGUUCCGGAGCCCUGGGUCGUGUCCGAGGUGACGGACCGAGGAGAGUCUGAGGUGUUGGGCCACUCCUGGCCCAGCUCCGCCUGCAGAGUCCAAUGGCGGCAGCCACACUGACGGACAAGCCUCAGGUAAAUGCUCGUCUUCUGGGUCCUCACUGCUCUCACCCCAUCAGACACUAAAGCUCUGAGUGCAGGGCUCCUGCUCCCAUGCCUGGAGCCCCGGCCCAAGUGUCCAGGACAGCGAAGUGGCCAUGGGUGGGUCCCUAUUUCUGAGGGACGGAGUGAUGGCACGUGGGAGAGGGUACAGGGGGAGGGACCUGCAGGAGCAAAGGCUUGGGGGUCAGAUUGAGCCUGGAGUAUUCAGGAAACCCGUUUCUUUAGGGAAACAGAAUUGAGAUGGUGUGCCACCUGGAUUUUCUGAAGGCCCUGGGACCCUUGGGAGAUUUCAUUGCAGGAGACACAUGGUCCGAGGGAUAUCAGCUUCCCAAAAGGCUCCUUAAAUUAGGAAGAAGAGACUGGAGAGAGUUGAUGGAAGUGAGGCUCACAGGGAGACAGUCCUUGUGCAGGGCACACAGCUGGUAAGAGUCAGCACUGAGGACUGAUUUCCUGAGUGUAGAUUGAGGUCUCUUGCUCCAGAUGUGGGCAGGGGUACAAGGAGACCAGACAGAGCCCAUGGAGCUCCCCAUGGUUGCCUGCUUCCACUGACAUUUCACCACUGGUUCCCAUAACAGUUGAAGCACUUUUGGAAUCUAUACAAGUAAGGGGAGGGUGUCCCAGGGCCUUACUGGUCGUGACCCUAUCCAUAUGGGGUUCAGGGUUAUGGUAUCCUGGGGUUCUUUACCUGAGCCUGGGACCCUGAAGUAACAUGAGACUGAGGCUAGAGGUUAUAUGGAGGUGUUCCCAGUUCUGGAGAUAAAGUGAAGUUGUCAUGGGCACAGGUACCAGUAUGUGCAUGAUGCUUGAAGGUGAGGCUGAACUGGGAGUGUUCAGGGAAAUAUAAGUCUCCUUUUGAUGGGAACAAAGCAGGGAGGCAGGACUCAGGCCUGCAAUGCCUCCCUGAGACCUGAGUGUCGAUUUUGAGGCGUUAGGAGCAAGGGGAGGUUUUGGAUCAUAAGAUGGAAGUGGCAUUACUCAUGCCUUAAGGAGUUGAGAUGGGUGUAAGUUGUCAUCAUGGGGGUGGAGAAGUUGUUGGAUUUUAGCUUAAUUUUUUUAAAGUAGAGCCAAGCAGAUUUCCUACUUUGGAGAAUGAGGAAGAGAAUAGGAAGAGUGCGUGAUGAACAUUUAUCUUUGCAUCACAACACAUAAGAUCUCUAGUAAUAGGACUGGAGAAGUCAGGAGAGGGAGUGGGAGUAAUUUCUAUUGAUGAUUCUAGGAGUUUUGGCCAUGUUGAAAGCCUAACAUGUUUCAGAAAACACAGAAUGGAGGCAUCACAUGGCUAGAGGCCAGGGAAAAAGAAGGUAGGUGCUGAUUCUGGUGCUCUUGCUUGGGCACUUGGUUGAAGGAAGUGGCCUCAGAUACGCAAAGGGCUCUAAGAGGGGUGGUCAUAAAGUUGGCGGGGAGCGGAUAUUCUAGCAUGUGGCCAUUGCUUCCAGGAGAAGAGUGGACGAGAUGACUGCAGAGGCAUAGGAGUGAUUGAGGUAAGAUGACCCUGAGGCUGGGGCUGCUGUGUAGUCACCAUUUUAGACUCACCAGAAUUUUGUGGUGACUGGUAAAUGACCAAAUGAGGCAGAUAGGGUCAUUGUGAGUUACCUGGCCCUGUGUUAUGGGCAGAGCCAGGGAUUGAGACUGCAGACAAAACCAACCCUGGCAGCACUUUAAUGAUGGUACCUGAGUUUGCAAAACUGUCAGAAAAUAAAUUUUUGUUGUUUAAGGCAUCCACUAGGUGGUGCUUUGUUAUGAUAGCCCUAGGAACUUAAUACACCUGAGGAGGGCCAUUGGGGCUGGGCUUUGAAUGAGGGGAGGUGGAAAGAAAAGGUCUGACUAGUGAGAGGAGAGAAAGUGCAAAGGGGGAAGAGGACCAUGGGUAUCUAAGAUCAUGGUGCUGGCUGCCUGAGAUUGAAGCAAACAUCAGAGGCAGACAAGGAGGUCUAAAUUUAAGGCUGUGCUGGGAAGUGGGGUCCAGCUAAUGUGAGAAGACAAAUGGGAUUCCUGCAGCUGUAGGGAUGCACUUCUGGGACACGAAAAUUCACCGAGAGGCGUUACAAUCUGAUAAUUCCACAUCCUCGGUAUUAGGGACUUGAGAGUGAAAGUCGAGUCCAUAUUUGGUUUUAUGUGGGAGGAACGCUCUCAGGGAUCCCAGGGGUGUUGCAUGGGUGGGGCCCUCGGCCAGGCCCUGAACUUAGAUUACGUCUGUUGACCCACCUGCCUUUUAUUGCUGAGGGCUGGACACAGCACUUAAUGAUUAAUGGGACCAUGAGGAGAGUGACAUCAGUGGCACCAGGGCCUGGUACCUUGAAAAGCUUAGGAUAGAUGUGUGGGUUAGGGAUCAUGGUCCUUCGGAGAGAGACUGUGGUUUCAUCUGUCCCCAUCACGGCAGGGUAGUGUGACCUUUGAAGACGUGGUUGUGUACUUCUCCUGGGAGGAAUGGGGUCUCCUUGAUGAGACUCAGAGAUGCCUGUACCACGAUGUGAUGCUGGAGAACUUUGCACUUCUGACCUCACUGGGUUGUUGGUAUGGAAUGGAGGAUGAGGAGGCUUUUUCUGUGCAGAGUGUUUCUGUAGAACAAAUGUCACUGGGCAAGACUCCAAAUUUGGAUCCAUCCAUUCAGAAGACUCACCCCUGUGAGAAGUGUGGCAUGCCUGGGAGAAACAUUUUGUACCUAGCUGAGUACCAAGGAUUGCAUCCUGGACAGAAAUCAUACACCUGUGAGGCAUGCAGCAAACAGUUCUGGUUCAGCCCAAACCUUCACCAGCACCAGAAGCACAGUGAAGAGAAGCCAUUCAAAAGGGAUGUAGAUAGGGCCUCAUUUGUGAGGAGUUACAAAUUCCAUGUUUCAGGGAAGCCCUUCACCUGUGAAGAUGUUGGGAAAGAUUUCCUGGCUGUGUUGAAUCUUCUCCAGCAUCAGGCUACUCUUAAAGGGGUGAAGCCACAUAGCAGCUUCGGGUAUGGGGAGCCUUUUCAUGGUGGAAAAAGUCAUUACAAGUACAGUGAGUAUGAGAAAUUGUUCAGCUAUGAAUACACACUUUUUCAGCAUCAGCAAAUUCACACUAGAGAAAGUUACUGUGAUUAUGAUGACUGUGAGAAACCUUUUAACCAAAGCUCCACUGUUACUGAUUGCCAGAGAGCUCACACAGGAGCAAGGUCUUAUGAGUGCAACGAAUGUGGGAAAUCCUUUAGCCAAAGCUACAGACUCAUUCAACACCACAGAAUUCACACUGGCGCAAGGCCUUAUAAAUGCAAUGUAUGUGGGAAAGCCUUCAGCUAUAAAUUAAGACUUGUGCAACACCUACAGAUUCACACUAAAGUGAGGCCUUAUGAGUGUGGUGAAUGUGGGAAGUCCUUUAGCUACAGCUCUACUCUCAUUAAACACCAGAGAGUUCACACUGGAGCCAAACCUUACAAGUGUGGUGAGUGUGGGAAUUCCUUUAGCCAAAGUUCCAACCUCAUUCAACACCAGAAGAUUCACAGCGGGGCGAGGCCUUAUAAAUGCAGUGAAUGUGGAAAAUCUUUCAGCUACAAAUGCAAACUUGUGCAGCACCUGCGAAUUCACACUGGAGAACGGCCUUACGAGUGUGGCGAAUGUGGGAAAUCCUUUAGCCACAGCUCUACUCUCAAUCAACACCAGAGAAUUCACACUGGAGCAAGACCUUAUAAGUGUGAUGAGUGUGACAAAUCCUUUAGCCAAAAGUCUAAUCUCAUUCAGCACCGGAGAGUCCACACAGGAGAAAAGCCUUAUGAGUGUGGGGAAUGCGGGAAAUCCUUUAGUCAAAGCUCCCACAUCAUCCAACACAGAAAACUUCACACCAGAUAACCUCAUGAAUGCAAUGACUGUGAGAAAACCAGCUGCAGCCAGUGUUCUUUAUCUCAACAUGAAAAGUUAAUAGCAAAUUUGGGAAAACCUUCAUGUAAAGGUCUUUCUGUCCAUCUGUGGGGAGCAUGGGUUUUUGUUGCUUGGCAUAAUAGAACUAGAGAGGCUUUGUGCUUGAUGGUGGAGCCUCAUAUAUCAGUCAUCCACAGUGGGAACAUUGUAGGUUUGUGGUAUUCUUUUAGGAGAUUUUUUACAUAUAUGCUACUGCUGGCUCCCUUGCCUGAAUUAUGUCCCAUCCAGUUUCUGUGGCAGAAGCCUCACCUCCACCUCCUAGCCAGUCCCAGGUUCCAACAGUAUGGCCGUCAGAGAAGGCAGAAGUCUCUUCCCUACAGAGUAGGAAUAAUUGUUUUUUGUUUUUUGUCUUUUUCUAGGGCCGCUCCCACAGCGUACGGAGGCUCCCAGGCUAGGGGUCGAAUCAGAGCUAUUGCUGCUAGCCUACGCCAGAGCAACAUGGGAUCCAAGCCACAUCUGUGACCUCCUACGAGCCACGAUGGGAACUCCUCCAGAGCAGAAAUAAUUUUCAGGGGUGCCUCAUUCCCACUUCUCUAAUUAGGUCUUGAUCCUGACCCAGUUUUAGCAAAGAUCACUCUGUGUGUGUAAUGUUAGCACCAAAAGAUUUGCCCUUUUCCAGUUGUGGUCUAACUUGCAUUGCUGACAAUCAUGUGCCUUCUAUCUAGAGUUGUAUUUUCUGGUGUCACCGCUUGUAACGCUACAGGGGUGAGGCUGAAAUCUUAAUUCAUACAGAAACACAGGAUGUGAUUAACUUGCACUGGAAGGCACCAUGGCAAGAGAGGAUGUACCUCCACAUCCCAUGUUCCUCCUGUAGUUGAGGUUUUUGUCAGAGCUCUGUUUUUUCUUGUAGCCUUUGGAUUGUCCACCUCAAGGAUACUUGCUGCAUUGACAAGAAAUGAGAAUAGACAGAAGGGAGACCCUGUAAUAAGCCCAGGAUAUAGCUUUUGUGACCCUACAACUGUUCCUGCCAACUCAGAUGAAAUAUCUUUGCCAGUACUUCCUUCCCCUAAAUACAGGGCUGCCCCUCCCGAGGUUGCUAAACCUGCAGUUGUGAAAAAAAAGGAGAAUCAGAUUUCUGUUUGAACAGGUUUUUAUAUAUAUAUACCUAUAACAAAUUUUAUUCUAUAUUUGAUUUAAAAUGUAUAAUACCAUUAGUUUUUGGUUUGGUUUGGUUUUGGCUGCACCUACAGCAUCUGGAAGUUCCCGGGCCAGAGAUGGAUCAUUAUUAGCCUGUUGUGCAACAAGGGAUUAUGAUUAGAAACCAUAAUUAUGAUUAGAAUCCAUAAAAGUAUUUACUUUUUAAAAAUUGUGCUUUCCUUCCUGCUACAUAAUUAUUUUGUGAUUCAUAAAUGUUACUUAUGUAAAUACUUCAUCCUUAUUACAACUGAGUAUUAUCCUGUGUAGUAGAUAUACCAAGAUUGGUUGAUUUGUUUACUCACUUGCCAGCUUGUUUCCAGUUCUUGGCUGUUUACAAAUAAAGCCUUAUGUAAACACAAGUGGA